UGGGCAGUGAGUUUCUGAAGUUGCUGUUGUUCCUCUCUCUCUCUUUGAAUGAACUUCACCCCAGACUGCAACUCUGCCCAACAUCUACUAUCUGAAGAGGGAAGUUUCAAAAUCAACAACUUAUGCUUGACUCUCCUGCUCCUUGGAUGCUGCCUGACCUGCUGUGUUUUUCCAGCACGACACUUUUCGACUCUGAUCUCCAGCAUCUGCAGUCAUCAUUUUCACAUCAAUGUCUGACAGUCACUCAAUCCAUCGGGACAGCAACGAUUUUUGACUAUGAUUCUGUGAGAAGGAGCAAUGCCUUUUGGUUCCUGUUUCAUAACGUUUUCUGCUUCAGUGGGAAUGGAUGAGAGACCCUACUGUUGCAGUGCACCGAGUGUGGAGCCAGAAACAGUUAUACGGCCUGGAAAGAGGAAUUCACACCGGGGAGGGGCUGUACACACGUUUGUGUGUGGCUGAAGCUUCAGCCAUGGAGAAACCCGAGGAAUCCUGCCCCAUGGAGAAACCGUGGAAGUGUGGUGACUGUGGGAAAUGCUUCAGUUUCCUGUCUGCCCUGGAGACUCAUCGGCGCAGCCACACCGGGGAGAGGCCAUUCCCCUGCCCAGAGUGCGGGAAGGGUUUUACCCGCUCCUCCAACCUGAUGGCCCAUUGCGGAUCCACACAGCGGAGAGUCCGUUCUCCUGCCCCGAGUGUGAGAAGAGCUUUGCCCAGGCCUCUACCCUCAUGGCCCACCAGCGGGUCCACACUGCGGUGAGAGCCUUCCCCUGCCCUGAGUGCGGGAAGGCCUUCAGCAAAUCCUCCAACCUGCUGACCCACCGGCGGCUCCGCACUGGGGAGAGGCCCUUCAGCUAUCCUGAGUGUGGGAAGGCCUUCAGCAAUUCACCCGCCCUGCUGAGGCACCAGUGGAUCCACACCGGGGAGAGGCCAUUCUCCUGCCCUGAGUGUGGGAAGAACUUUACCCGCUCCUCCCACCUGCUGACCCACCGGCGGGUCCACACGGGGGAGAGGCCCUUCAGCUGCCCUGAGUGUGGGAAGUCCUUCGAUAAUUCCUCUGCCCUGCUGAGGCACCAGCACGUCCACACCGGGGAGAGGCCAUUCCUCUGCCCUGAGUGUGGGAAGGGCUUUAAACGCUCCUCUGACAUGCUGGACCACCAGUGGGUCCACACGGGGGAGAGACCGUUCAGCUGCCCUGAGUGCGGGAAGGGCUUUACCCAGGCCUCCAACCUGCUGAGGCACCAGCGGGUCCACACUGGGGAGAGGCCGUUUGCCUGCCCCAAGUGCGGGCAGAGGUUCACAUCGUCCAGUAACUUACAGAAACACCAGAGGGGGCACCAGCAGAUUCCGUCGGCGACGCUGAUGUGGGUCACCCCCAGGACUGAACCUCCUGCCCGCUCUGACAGUGGGUGCAGUGGGAGCGUCAGUGAGCUCUCUUUGUUUUCUGCUAGACAGCACCCACACACCCCUCCCAUCUUCCCCCAACCCCAGGUUGGCUCAUGGGCGGCACAGUAGCUCAGUGAUUAGUGCCACUGCAUCAUAUCGCCAGGGACUGGGGUUCGAUUCCACCCUCAGGGUGACUGUCUUUGUGGUGUUUGCACAUUCUCCCCCCAUGUCUGCAAGGGUUUCCCCUUGAUGCUCCCACAAUCCAAACAUGAGCAAGUGAAUUAGCCAAGCUAAAUUGUCCCAGAGUGUUCAGGGAUGUGUAGGUGCAGUGUAUUGUUUAGGGAGUAAUGUAGAUUAAUGGGGUAGGGGAAUGGGUCUGGGUGGGUUACUCUUCAGAGGGUCAGUGUGGACUUCUUGGGUUGAAGGGCCUGUUUCCCUGUAGGAUUCUGAGAGCUUUGCUUGCAGUGCUGCUCACUGAGCCCGGGACUGCACGUUCCCAUUGAAUUGAUCCGCACAAACCUCAGAUGGCAUCCAAACCAAUGUACCAAACUGAAGGGGUAGCCAUGGGCACCCGCAUGGGUCCAAGCUAUGCCUGCCUCUUUGUCGGGUACGUGGAACAGUCCAUUUUCCUCAGCUACACCUGUUCCUCCAGUACAUCGACGACCAUAUUGGUGCCACUUCAUGGUCUCACAAGGAGUUUGAACAGUUCGUCAUCUUUAUCAACACCUUUCACCCCGACCUCAAAUUCACCUGGACCAUCUCCCUUUCCAGGACCUCAUAGAACAUAGAACAAUACAGCAAGAACAGGCCCUUCGGCCCACGAUGUUGUGCCGAACAUCUAUCCUAGAUUAAGCACCCAUCCAUGUACCUAUCCAAUUGCCACUUAAAGGUCGCCAAUGAUUCUGACUCUGCCACUCCCACGGGCAGCGCAUUCCAUGCCCCCACCACUCUCUGGGUAAAGAACCCACCCCUGACAUCUCCCCUAUACCUUCCACCCUUCACCUUAAAUUUAUGUCCCCUUGUAAUACUCUGUUGUACCCGGGGAAAAAGUUUCUGACUGUCUACUCUAUCUAUUCCUCUGAUCAUCUUAUAAACCUCUAUCAAGUCACCCCUCAUCCUUCGCCGUUCCAACGAGAAAAGGCCGAGAACUCUCAACCUAUCCUCGUACGAUCUAUUCUCCAUUCCAGGCAACAUCCUGGUAAAUCUUCUCUGCACCCUCUCCAAAGUUUCCACAUCUUUCCUAAAGUGAGGCGACUAGAACUGCACACAGUACUUCAAGUGUGGCCUAACCAAAGUCCUGUACAGCUGCAACAUCACUUCACGACUCUUGAAUUCAAUCCCUCUGCUAAUGAACGCUAAUACACCAUAAGCCUUCUUACAAGCUCUAUCCACCUGAGUGGCAACUUUCAAAGAUCUAUGUACAUAGACCCCAAGAUCCCUCUGUUCCUCCACCUGACUAAGAACCCUACCGUUAACCCUGUAUUCCGCAUUCUUAUUUGUUCUUCCAUAAUGGACAACCACAUAUUUGACAGGGUUGAACUCCAUCUGCCACUCCUCAGCCCAGCUCUGCAUCAUAUCUAAGUCCCUUUGCAAACUACAACAGCCCUCCUCACUGUCCACAACUCCACCAAUCUUCGUAUCAUCUGCAAAUUUACUGACCCACCCUUUGACUCCCUCAUCCAAGUCAUUAAUAAAAAUUACAAACAGCAGAGGACCCAGAACUGAUCCCUGUGGAACUCCACUUGUAACUGGGCUCUCCAUCUCUGUCUACCAACUAACCAUGGACAUCUUCUACAAGCCCACCAAUUCCCACAGCUACCUUGAUUACGCCUCCUCCUACCCCACCUCCUGUAAAAAUUCAAUCCCUUAUUCCCAAUUCCUCUGCCGCAUCUGUUCCCAGGAUGACCAAUUCCACUGUAGAAAAUCCCAGAGGGCCUCCUCCUUCCAAGUUCGCUAUUUCUCUUCCCACGUGGUCGACAAUGCCCUCCAGCACAUCUCCUGCACAUCCUACAACACUGCCCUUGAACCCCACCCCUCCCAACGCAACAAGGACAGAACCCACCACCCACCGUCCUCACCUUCCACCCCACCCGCCUCCGGAUACAUCACAUCAGCCUCUGCUAUCUACAAACAGAACCCACCACCAGGUAUAUUUUUCUCUCCCCACCCCUACCUGCGUUCCAGAGAGGCCAUUUCCUCAUCAGGUCCAUGCACCCACACCAGCCCUACUCCCACCACACCCUACUCCCGGCCCCUUCCCCACCACCACAGGAAGUGUAAAACCUGCACCCAUACCACUCCUCUCACCUCCAUCCAAGGCCCCAAAGGAUCCUUCCACAUCUGACAGAAAUUUACCUGGACCUCCACCAGUGUCAUCCACUGUAUCCAUUGCAUCCAAUGUGGUCUUCUCUACAUCGGAGAGACGGGACGCCAACUUGUGGAUUGUUCCAGAGAACCACUCUGGGACACCCACAAACCCCACCGCCCUGUGGCUGAACACCUCAACUCCCCUCCCAUUGCAUCAAGAUCAUUGAGGUCCUGGGCUGUCUCCAUCGCCAAACCCUUACCACCUGACGCCUGAAGGAAGAACACCUCUUAUUCUACCUUGAGACCCUGCAACCACAUGGGAUCAAUGUGGAAUUCAAAAGUUUCCUCAUGUAUCCUGCUACUCUUCCCCCACACCCUUAUCACAGCCCCAAGCCUCCACUCGGCAGCGCCCUCCUGACCUAUCCAUCACCUUUCCCAUCUAUCCGCCCCACCUUCCUCUCCGACCAAUCAUCUUCAUCUGCUUAUCGCAUUUUCAGCUCCCUUCUCCCCAACACCACCCCCCGCCUCCAUUUAUCUCUCAGGCCUUCCAGCCCACAAGCCUCAUUGCUGAUGAAGGGUUUAUGCCCUAAACAUCAAUUCUCCUGCUCCUUGGAUGCUGCCUAACCUGCUGUGCUUUUCCAGCACCACACUCUCGACUCUGUCCACCUAUUUUGUCAGAGAUAUAGGACCUGCUCCAAACUGAUCCACAGUCCAGUUGAUGGGACAGGAAACCACUUCCUUUCUCGAGACAAGUCUCGCAAAGAGAAUUUGCUGGCUAACUGAUGUACUGAACUUCAUAGUGCCCCCCUGCUCUCAGUUACCUGGAAGGGGUCCACACAUGUGCCUAAGGUGGUGCUCGAGACCUUUAAUAUCUCUUUGGGAUUGAUCCCCGUUCAUUUGAGGCUGUGCAGUCAUACAGCCUGGAAACAGACCGUUCAGUCCAUGAUCCCCAACUAAACUAGUCCCACCUGCCUGCUCCUGGCCCCUAUUCGAUAGUCAUAGUCAUAAGAGAUGCACAGGACGGAAACAAACCAUUUAAUCCAACUCAUCCAUGCUGACCAGAUAUCCUAAUCUAAUCUUACUGAAGGAUGCAGGAUUAAGAGUUCUCUUUGGCAAGAGACCUUAACAAGCUGUAGUAAUGGACUCAAAGUAUGCGAUCCUAUUUCAUCUCAUAUUUUAGAGACAUGGUAACUAGAUUUAGCCUGUCUACAAUAAUAUAUAAAGAGGAGGGGAUCGUAACACAAGGUAAUGUAAAAAUGGAUAAGGAAUGGAAGGGGUGGGGAGAAUGCUGGAUAAAAUACAGUGAAAUGGGGGAUUUCAUUCUAACCUAAUUUAAAGCUAUGUAUGAAAAUAUAGAGACUGCAAUACUGAACAUGACAGUAAAAUGUCCCUUUCAUAAAGAAGCAUGUGCAAGAAAUGAGACAGAGAUACAUAAAAUCCCUACAGUGCAGAAAGAGGCCAUUUGUCCCAUUGAGCCUGCACUGACACACCAAAGAGCAUCCCAUCCAGGAUCAUCCCAUUCUCCUGCAUUUACCAUGACUAACCUACACAUCACAGAGCAAUUUCACAUGGUCAAUCCACCUAACCUGCACAUCCUUGGACUGUGGAAGGAAACCCAUGCAGACAGGGAGAACAUGCAAACUCCACACAGACACUCACCUGAGGCUGGAAUUGAACCUGGGUCCCUCGUGCUGUGAGGUAGCAAUUGCAAGCACUGUAUAACCCCAAUGUGAUAGAAAAUUUGAACAAAUGCUCUAAACUGCAAAUUUGUCCAUGUGAAGAACUUACUGCAAAUGAUUUGAAGCAAGAAUCCAUAUGAAUUGUGUUUUGGGAGAGAUCCAGAAUGUAUUUCGUUAAUGAUUUAAAAUCUUCGACCUUUGGAAUAGUCUGCAAGAGAGUGUUGGAGUCAGAUUCAAUUAUGGCAUUCAGAAGAGAGUUAGAUCAUUAAACUGAAAUGGAAAGUAAUCAGUGUUUGGUGAAGAGUAGUACUGGAUACUGUGGUGAUUAUAAUUAGGUCAGUCAGGUGAGUUCCUUUAUUGGGGGUGUUCACCUGCUCUUCUUAACAUUUCACUUCAAUAACCUUUAGAUUCCCAAUAUCUGUAGGGCGCUUUCUCUGUUCAAGUGUCGACUCGAGUGAUUUAGUGUCAAAUUUUGUUUAUGAAUUGUUCCUCUGAUAUCUCAUGAGAGGGGUUAUGAUAUUAACAGUGGUAUCGAAAUAGUUGUGGGUUAUAAUGUGCCGAAGUAAGAGAGAAUAGACUGACCAACCUUAAAUAUUCAUUUUUAAACCAUGGAAAUAAAAUUAAUGUUUGGAAGAUAUCCAAC